CUCAACAUUUCGCUGACUUUAUCCUCCCGCGUAGAUCUUCCGCAUUCUGCCGCAAAUGAACCAACUCAAUCAGGCAAUUCAUCACUCGGUUCGAGUGAACCGAUGUGAGAUCUAAUUGCCUUUAUAUUGCUCCCCUGGAGCUCUGGCAUACACAUGCAGUAAUUGGUUCCGAUUGGGGAUCUAGAUGACGCGAUCGCCGUUGUCUUGGAUGUGAGAUAAUUACCUCCCCUCACUUGCCUAGGAGCUUGUUCUAGUCAUUUUGAAUCUUUCGAAUUGACUUUCAUCGUGGCCGUAGGAUAGCGAUAAAUAAAAUGCGCAUAGCAGCAGCAUUUCUCGCUCUCGCGACGGCGGGUAGUGCCCAGCGCGCUACUUUUGAGCUAUCGUACCCCUCGCCGUGGGGUACUGGGGGGCCUGGAUGGGAUGAGGCGUAUGCGAAGGCGCGCGAGUUCGUCGCUGGACUCACGUUGCUUGAGAAGGUCAAUUUGACGACGGGAACGGGUAACCAAGCGGACUUGUGCACAGGGAACACGGGUUCAAUUCCCCGAUUGAAUUUUAGACAUUUGUGUUUGCAGGAUGGACCUGUGGGAGUACGAUAUACGGAUUUGAACUCGGUGUUCCCCGCGGGAAUUACUGCUGCGGCGACUUGGUCGCGAUCUCUUCUCCGAAAGAGGGGAGAGGCGAUUGGAGCGGAAUUUGGAGGGAAGGGUAUUGAUGUGCACCUAGGCCCCGUCGUCGGACCUCUCGGACGUGACCCAGCUGGUGGUCGCAACUUCGAAGCUUUCGGACCGGACCCGUACCUAAGCGGUGUCGCAGUCGCCGAAACCAUUAUUGGUUCACAAUCCGCAGGCGUGGUAGCUAGUGUCAAGCACUACGUACUAAAUGAGCAAGAACACUUCCGCAGUGGUAUUAGCACGAAUAUCGACGACAAGGCCAUGCACGAAGUCUACUUAUGGCCGUUUGCCGACGCUGUGCGCGCGGGUGUUGGAAGUGUGAUGUGCUCGUACAAUCAGAUUAAUAAUAGUUUCGCGUGUGAGAACUCGUAUGUUUUGAAUAAGUUGUUGAAGAAUGAGCUUGGGUUCCAGGGGUUCGUGGUUUCCGACUGGGGCGCUCAGCAUAGCGGUGUUCCUAGCGCGCUGGCGGGUUUGGAUAUGACGAUGCCCGGUGAAGGUUUCGGCGCGGGCGGAUAUGGAACAUACUGGGGUGGAGCACUAACCGAAGCGGUUCUCAGCGGCGCGAUACCGCAAUGGCGACUUGAUGACAUGGUUAUCCGCAUUAUGGCAGCCUUCUAUAAGGUUGGACGCGAUACCAAGCAGAUCGACAUCAACUACUCAUCUUGGACGUAUGAAACCGAAGGUCCGCGAUACUGGGCUGCCAAGAUGGGAAAUACGACUGUGAACAAACAUGUCGACGUACAGGCCGAUCAUGGCGAAUUAAUUCGGGAGAUUGGCGCAAAGGCGACGGUUCUUCUGAAGAAUGUUAACCAUGCUCUGCCUUUGGUUCGGCCUAGAAUUGUCGCAGUAAUUGGCGAGGAUGCGCAGGAUAACCCUGAUGGACCUAACGGCUGCGUGGACAGAGUGUGUAACAAUGGAACAUUGGCAAUGGGCUGGGGUUCGGCCACGGCCGAGUACCCUUAUCUGAUUUCACCGGCCGCAGCUCUCGAGAAAGAAGCGCUGCAAGAGGGAACAGCUUUCAUAAAUGUUAAAGGGAACUUCGACCUUGAAACAGCCCGAGCUGCUGCGAGGAACGCUUCCGUCGCGAUCGUUUUCGCUAACGCGGAUUCAGGAGAGGGAUACACUACUCUUGAUGGUAACUUCGGUGACAGAAACAACUUGACGUUAUGGAAAGGUGGCGAUGAGUUGAUCAACGCCGUCGCAUCUGACAAUCCGAACACUAUUGUUGUAAUUCACAGCGUCGGGCCCGUCCUGAUCGACCACAUUAAGAACAACCCCAACGUCACCGCCAUUUUAUGGGCGGGUCUGCCAGGCCAGGAAUCGGGUAACUCACUAGCCGACGUUCUCUACGGGCGCGUCAACCCGCAAGGUCGGUUACCAUACACGUUAGGCAAAGCGCCUCAGGACUGGGGCGUAACGACAUUAGUAAACUCCAGUUCAUUCCAACCGCAGCAAGACUUCGCCGAGGGAGUAUUCAUCGACUACCGAUAUUUCGACCGGGAAGAAAUUGAGCCGAGCUACGAAUUUGGCUUCGGGCUCAGCUACACCAACUUCACGUACUCGGACCUCACUGUAGCUCUACAGGAAGACGCUGGGAAAUACGAGCCAGCUGGAGGGGAGACGCCGGCCGCGCCGACGUACGGAGAACUGGAUUUAGACCCGAAGAACGCGGUUGCGCCAGAGGGCUUUGAGAGGAUACCGAGAUUCAUUUAUCCGUAUAUCAAUAGCACCACGCUGCCGAAUACAACAUAUGAUAUCCCACCUAACAGCCAGAACGCGUCAGCGCAGCCAAUCUUGCCCGCGGGAGGCCCAUCAGGUGGUAAUCCAGCACAGUAUAAGGUACUGUAUGUUGUUAGCGCGAACAUCACGAAUACAGGAGAGGUAGCUGGUGCUGAUAUUCCUCAAUUGUACAUCUCUCAUGGUGGUCCGACGGAGCCGAAAGUCGUGUUGCGCGGGUUUGAUGAAAUUUAUCUAGAGCCAGGCGAGACGAAGACGGUCGCGUUUGACGUGACGUAUCGCGACCUCAGCAACUGGGACGCCGAGGCCGAAGACUGGCGCAUUACAGAAUUUCCGAAGACAGUAUAUGUCGCAGCGAGUUCAAGAGAUUUAAGAUUACACACCGAAUUGGAAAUUCCGAAAUAGGGGGUUUAAAUUGGUAAAAAGUUAGAUCUCUUUCAUUCUGUUGAAUAAAUGAAACGUUUGCGACGCCUUUGUGCUGUAAAUCUCGCUAAAUAAA